UCUCGAGCAAUAAUAAUUGACAUUUACAGCGCUAGACUGGGCCUAGUAUAUAAAUUACAGCAGAUGGCACCGUCCUUUUUCAUUUUUCUCUAGCUUGCUCGCGCAGAAGCCAUGACUAGCUCCUCCGCUCAUUCACGCAAGGCUUUAAGCAAGAUCGCAUGUAAUAGACUCCAGAAAGAAUUAGUGGAAUGGCAAGUUAAUCCACCCACUGGAUUCAAGCAUAAAGUCACUGAUAAUCUCCAAAGAUGGAUAAUCGAAGUCAACGGAGCCCCUGGAACGCUUUAUGCUAAUGAAACUUAUCAGCUUCAGGUUGAUUUUCCUGAGCAUUAUCCUAUGGAGGCACCCCAGGUGAUUUUCAUUCCUCCUUCGCCAUUACAUCCUCACAUUUAUAGCAAUGGACAUAUUUGUUUAGAUAUUCUGUAUGAUAGCUGGUCCCCAGCCAUGACUGUAAGUUCCAUCUGCAUCAGCAUUCUCUCCAUGUUAUCAAGCUCAACUGCCAAGCAAAGGCCAGCUGAUAACGAUCGACAUGUUAAGAACUGUCGCAAUGGCAGGUCUCCCAAGGAGACGAGAUGGUGGUUCCAUGGCGAUAAAGUAUAAUAAUAUGAACCUAUUAUCUAUUAUCUUUGUAUUAAAACUGAGGUUACAGGGAUAGGUAAUCGUUUACAUUUGUCAUGCUGUGUAUGAAAUUAUGAAUUAAACGUAGAUUUAUUUUGAAUAGUGUUACCUAAUGCAGACUGAACAAUAUAAACCUUUAUUUUCUUCUAA